AUGGCGAUCCUGUUUUUUCAAUACUGUCUGUUCGUUAUCGUUUUCGGAUUUCAGACAACUCCGAGAUCUUACGCGACUCCGUUAAGUUUCAAUUAUUCAAGUUUUGAUUCAAAUGUUCCUGAAAUUUUCCGGGAAAGAGAUGCAGUUGCCAGCCAACAAGGAAUUGACCUGACAGCGAACCUGAGUGAUCAGAAAAAAGACGGAAGCGUCGGUCGAGCUACGUAUUCAAAACCAUUGCAUCUUUGGGAUAAAUCAUCAGGAAAUUCAACAAAUUUCACUACUCAUUUCUCUUUUAUCAUCAAUUCAACUAAUCAAUAUGAGUUUGGUGAUGGUCUAGCUUUUUUCCUGGCCCCAAACGGUUCCAGAAUUCAACCUGAUGUAAAACCUGGUGGUGGUCUCGCUCUGUCUAUCACCGAUGAUGCUGAGCAUGCGUUGAACUCCGACGAAAACAAGUUCGUCGCGGUGGAAUUCGAUACGUUUCUAAAUUUCUGGGAUCCUUCUGUAAUGCAUGUAGGCAUCAAUAUCAGGUCGAUGAGAUCGAAUUCUACAGUGCCGUGGCCUAGCAAUGUGAUGAAUGGAAGCAGAACGGAGGCUUGGAUUGCGUAUGAUUCUCGACGAAAGAUUCUGAAUGUUAGUUUUGUUUAUUUUAAUCGUUGGAAUAAUUCGCGGACGCGUGGGAGUUUAUCGGCUGUAGUUGAUCUUGCCAGGUAUUUACCGGAAUGGGUUACUUUCGGGUUUUCUGCUAGUACAGGAUAUUUAUACGAGGUCAACAGAAUUACAUCAUGGGAUUUCGAUUCGAGUUCUGAUAUUGUAGAUUCUGAAAGAAUCGUGAAUUCUGAACCUGAAGCUAAUUCUGUAUUUCAGAAAAAAAAUUAUAAAAUCAGUUCAGCAUUUGUGAUUGGGUUGAGUGUUGGAGCUUGCUGUUUGAUUGCUGGAGCAGGUUUUAUUUGGUACGGUUUAAGACGAUACAGGAGGAAAGAAGUAGAAAUGAAUGAUGAUGAUCAUAUCCUGGAUGUUUCGUUCGGUGAUGAUUUUAAGAGUAACGGGACAGGUCCGAGGAAAUUUUCUUACAACGAAUUGGUCGAUGCGACAAAGAAUUUUUCCGAGGGAGAGAAGCUUGGCGAAGGAGGAUUUGGUGCGGUUUAUAAAGGAUUUCUGAAGGAUCAGAACUCGUAUAUAGCUGUCAAGAGGGUAUCGAGGGAAUCUAAACAAGGAAUCAAGGAAUAUGCGGCAGAAGUGAAGAUUAUUAGCCGAAUAAGGCAUAGGAAUUUGGUCAAGCUCGUCGGUUGGUGCCACGAGAAAGAAUUACUACUCGUGUACGAGUUCAUGCCUAAUUGCAGCCUCGAUUUCCACAUAUUCAAAGGAGAAAACUUCUUGACUUGGAAAAUUAGGUUCAGAAUAGCACAAGGAUUGGCAUCUGCACUAUUGUAUCUACAUGAAGAAGGCGAUCAAUGCGUGCUUCACAGAGACAUUAAAUCGAGCAACGUAAUGUUGGAUUCAAGUUUUGAGGCCAAACUCGGGGAUUUCGGGUUAGCCAGGCUUGUUGAUCAUGCAAAAGGAACACAAACCACAGUUUUAGCAGGAACAAUGGGAUACAUGGCUCCAGAAUGUUUCACAUCAGGAUUUGCAAGCAAGGAAUCUGAUAUAUACAGUUUCGGAGUCGUUGCUUUAGAAAUCGCCUGCGGAAGAAGAGUUUUUGAACCGAAAUUGCAUCAAAAUCAAGCAAGAUUGGUGGAAUGGGUUUGGAAUUUGUAUGGAAUUGGAAGAUUUCUUGAAGCGGCUGACUCUAAACUCUCCGGAGGUUAUGAUGAAUCAGAAAUGGCGAGAUUGAUGAGUGUCGGACUAUGGUGCCUGCAUCCUGACAGAACAUUUCGUCCGUGUAUAAGACAAGUUAUCAAUGUUUUGCUUAAUCCUGAAGCUCCUUUGCCAAAUAUUCCAUUAGAAAUGCCUAUACCAGCUUAUGUUGCUCCAAUCAGAUUAUCUAUAUCAUCCAUUAGUCCAUCAUAUAAUUGUGCAAGCGGUAACGGAAGCGAAAUCAAGAAAUUAAAUUACGAUAUAAUAAUCGAUGAUAAUUCGUCGAAAAUCACAUCUUCUUCUCGAGAAUCAUCGCAUUCUGCCUCACUUCUAUUGAUCUCAGGAUAA